GAAAACAGUGUCAGAUAGUUGAUUGUUCAAAUUUAUUCAAGAUGGCUGUUUCAAAUCUUAUGUUUUUGGUGUUCUUGUGUCACAAAUUGGUGCUCAAUGGAUUUGCCUCUCCAAUUGGGUAUCCUUUAUACCAGACUGGUAGUGAGCAAGUGCACUUGAAGAAGGAUGGCCCCUUGUCCUGUCCUUAUGCAAGCCAAAAUCCAAACCCGCCAGUGGUAGCAAAGUGUAACUUGAAUGUUCUGCUGUCUUUGCAGAAUGUAUCUGGGCUUGUUAUCCAAAAGGGUAUUGACGUGAGAAAUUUGCCUGCAGAGUCCAGCCCUCUGCCUGCUGAGGAGACCAGCCCCCAGCCUGCCAAUGAGUCCAGCUCUAUCCCAGCUGGAGAAUCUAGCUCUCACCCAGUUGUGGAGUCCAGCCCCCAGCCUGCCAAGGAAUCCAGUGCUAUCCCAGCUGCAGAGUCCAGUCCUCUGCAUGCUGAGUCCAGUCCCGAGCCUGCCAAGGAAUCCAAUGCUAUCCCAGCUGCAGAGUCCAGUCCCCAGCCUGCCAAUGAGUCCAGGUCUAUCCCAGCUGGAGAAUCUAGCUCUCACCCAGUUGUGGAGUCCAGCCCCCAGCCUGCCAAGGAAUCCAAUGCUAUCCCAGCUGGAGAAUCUAGCCCUCUGCCUGCUGAGGAGACCAGCCCCCAGACUGCCAAUGAGUCCAGCUCUAUCCCAGCUGGAGAAUCUAGCUCUCACCCAGUUGUGGAGUCCAGCCCCCAGCCUGCCAAGGAAUCCAAUGCUUUCCCAGCUGCAGAGUCCAGUCCUCUGCAUGCUGAGUCCAGCCCCCAGCCUGCCAAGGAAUCCAAUGCUAUCCCAGCUGGAGAAUCUAGCUCUCACCCAGUUGUGGAGUCCAGCCCCCAGCCUGCCAAGGAAUCCAGUGCUAUCCCAGCUGCAGAGUCCAGUCCUCUGCAUGCUGAGUCCAGCCCCCAGCCUGUCAAGGAGUCUGUUCCUCUCUCAGCUUCAGGUUCCAGCUCCCACCUUGCUGAGAAGUCAUGUGCUCAACCCACCAAGGAGCCCAGUCCCCACUCAGUUGCUGAGUCUGGGGCUCUGCCUGCUGGGAAGUCUAGCACUCUGCCCACUGAGGUUGAUGGGAUGAAGCCAUUUGAGUCCAGCCUCCAGCCUGCCAAGGAAUCCAGUUCUAUUCCAGCUGGAGGAUCUAGCUCUCUGCCUGCUGAGGAAUGCAGCUCUAUCCCAGCUGGAGGAUCUAGCUCUCUGCCUGCUGAGGAGACCAGCCCCCAGCGUGCCAAGGAAUCCAGUUCUUUCCCAGCUGGGGAAUCAAGCUCUCAGACUGCUGAGAAAUCCAAUGCCAUCCCAGCUGGAGAAUCUAGCGCUCAGACUGCUGAGGAAUCCAGCUCUAUCCCAGCUGAGGAAUCCAGCUCUAUCCCAGCUGGAGAAUCUAGCUCUCAGACUGCUGUGGAAUCCAAUGCCAUCCCAGCUGGAGAAUCUAGCUCUCGUCCUGCUGGGGAGUCCAGCCCUCUCCCCAUUGAGCAGUCAGGCACUCUGCCUGCUGAAGUUGUUGGGAAGAUGCUGACUGACUCCAGUCCCCAACCCACUGUGGAGUCCAGCCCUCACAAAGUUGCUGAAUCGAGCACUCUCCCAUCAACCUCAAGUGGCAAGCUGACUGAGUCCAACCCCCAUCCCAUUGUGGAGUCCAGCGUUCUCCCUGCCCAGCAGUCUAGUCCCUAUCCUGCCAAGUAGUCCAUCCCUCAACGUGUCACUUAACUGCCUGCUUCAACCAAGAUGUGCUAGUGCACCUGAAGUCUUUUAGUAGACUUGUUCAUCUCUAAAUGUGGAAUUUUCACAUCUUGUUUCAAGUCAAUAAAACUUGAAUUUUUCUGGUAAAGUGGUGUUUGUCU